GUCCCAUGCCAAUUAUAACAGCAGCAGAUUUAGUACAUGUUUAAUGCAUUAUUACACUAUCGCUUUGUGGCUAAUUACAAAUUAAAAUUGAAGCUCGGCUUAGAGAUAAAUCUGAAAUUUAGGUUUGAACAGUCCUCUCUCCUCAUUUCACAUAGCCUUGACCUGGCAGUAAACUGGGUAACCAUGGCCCAGUCCAAGCCCCUUCUCGUGGUCGCCAUUGAUAUCGGUACAACAUAUUCUGGCUACGCCUUCUCCUUCCAACACGAGUUUCUGGCUGAUAAACUCAAGAUUACAACCAACAAGGUUUGGUCAGAUGGGGACAACCACCUUCAGACCUCGUACAAAACCCCGACAUCUGUACUGUUUGACCCGGAUGGACAUUUCCACAGUUUCGGAUAUGAAGCGGAGACAAAGUACUCGCAAGUCGCCAAAAACAAGGAGGAGAAAAACUGGUUGUUAUUCCGUCGAUUUAAGAUGAGCCUCUACAAAUCUGAGGAGCAUUUCAGUGGAAGCCUUCAGCAACAAGUUCCUGACUCGGAGAUCCAAUACGUGCUGACGGUACCUGCUAUAUGGGACGAGGACGCCAAGCAGUUCAUGAGGAAAGCCGCUCUACAGUCUGGGAUACUUGGAGACCAACUGGCUAUUGCACUGGAACCGGAAGCGGCCUCCAUUUUCUGUCAGUCCUUAUUAGCGAACAGCCGAUCACAUGACGAAUUCUGUGACGCAGACGACAUCUCGCGGAAUGGAUCUCGCUACAUUGUUGUGGACGCUGGAGGUGGUACUGUGGACAUGACUGUGCACGAAGUGAUGUUCAACGGGGAGCUCAAAGAACUACACAAAGCCAGCGGGGGAGGUUGGGGCGGCACUCAGGUAGACGACCAAUUCACCGAUCUGUUGGUCAAGACUUUUACCGUAAAGGUGAUGAAGGAGUUCGGCAAACACCACAAAUCGGAUUGGCUGGAACUUGAGAAAGAAUUUGAAAUCAAUAAACGGAGGAUAUCUAGUAAUGAUGAACAGAAAUUCACUUUCCGGUUGCCGGCGUCCCUACGUGAAGUAUUCAGCUUUCAGAGCAAGUGCUCGUUAGAGGACCAAGUGGCUGAGUCUGGGUUAUCCAAAGAUGUUCGGUUUACAGGUGACAAGAUGAGAAUUAGCGGUAAAGUGAUGCAGUCGUUGAUGAAAUCAACUAUCCAGAACAUUAUCACUCAUGUAGAAACACUAAUGGCGGAUCCCAAGUGUAGAGGAAUUUCCCACAUCUUACUGGUGGGUGGGUUUUCCGAAUCGCCACUUCUCCAAGACGAGUUCCGAAAGAACUUCCGGUCUGUGAAUGUGGUCACUCCACUGGACGCCGUCCUGUCUGUCGUGAAAGGGGCGGUGAUAUUCGGCCAUCAGCCCGGUGCCAUUGGAAUCCGUCUGGCUGCCUUUACUUACGGAAUUCGUAGCUUAUCCACUUUAGUUGAUGGUGAACAUGAUCCUGACAAGUUAAUUAUGAUUGAAGGUGAGAGGAAGUGCGAGGAUAUUUUUAACAGAUUUGUUUCUGUUGACGAAGAAGUGCCACACGGUAUGGAAACUAGGCAACGCAUCUUUUAUCCGGCUUACUCUGGACAAACAGCAUUAGAGCUCGCCGUGUACAAAUCUACGGUGACGAAACCCAAAUAUACAACUGACCCUUCAUGUCUUAAGUUAGGUAGUUUCAGAGUAGACAUGCCGGAUUUGACGGGAGAGAAGAAGCGUAAAGUUGGAGUUAAGUUUAUAGUUGGCGGUACAGAGCUCAAGGUGAAGGCACACGAGAAGACGACGGGGAAGAUCUUCGACGCUAUCUUUAACUUUGUGACUAAGUAAGUCAGACCAUCUAUAUGCUAUCCAGAGCCACAGAAAGCGGACUUAAGAUUAAAAAUGUGUACAUGGGAGCUCUUGGAACAGCUUACCUCGACCUAAUAUUCUGAACACGAAAGGAAUUAGACACUUGUCGCUGAAUACUGUUGUAAUCUUUGAAAGCACAUUCACUGAAAAACUAACAAGAGGUAUCACGUGAUUGUUGCUGUGUCAGUAAAUGUAUUAGAUAAGAUAUCCUUUUAAAUUUUAAGA